AUGUUAUGCGUGUUCGGAGAAGGAUUGUGUGAGGUUCAAAGUGUACAUAUAACAUGUUAUGUGUUCGGAGAAGGAUUACGUGAGCCGUCAAGUUCCGGGGUGAGGGACCAGGUGUCCCGCAUCUCAGCUGCAAGUUUGGACCGCUGCCUAAGGAGGGCGUCCAAAUUUGUGAGCGACCCUGGGUCCGUUCUGCAGAGGACCAUCGACUACGCCGCCGAGGCGUUCGUUGCUUCCAUUCAAUCGGCUCUGGCUGUAAAGGCCGAGCUGGAUGGGAGGGAAGUUCUGGCAGCGAGGGAGAAAGAGGAGUUCUCUGCUGCCUUGGAGGCUGCUCCCUACACCAUGAAGGAUGAGCUGCUGAAGGCUCACUCUGAGGUGGAGACUUUGAAGGCCGAGGUGGAGUCCCAAGCCGAGCUGCUGAAGAAGGAAGAGGACAGGCGCAAGGCCCAACUCCGAGCUGCCCACGCUAUUACCAGGGGCCUGGAGAGGGAGAAGUUCCAGCUCCUGAAGGAGAAGGACGACAUGCUUCAGGCGCUCGAAGUGAAGGAUAAGGAGCUAGAGCAUGCGACUGCCGAGCUGGAGACAGCGAAGGAGCGCCUCAGCAAUGAAAUCGAUCUCAGCGGUCUGAAAAGGAGGUAUGCCGAGAAGUGGGCGUCUGGGCCUGGCGGCACCCCUGGCCCCCAAGCGUUGGUGGAUCAGUAUGUCAGGGAUCUGGACUCUGACUACUCCGAUCCCCAAGAGGACCAGGUCGGCUCCACUCAGGAGGGCGCUCCCCCAGCAGGCUCUUAG